AUGGCGCAUAACAUUGCAAUUCUUUCCGUGAUUCCUAGGUUAUCUUACCAUCUUCGAAUGCAACUUCCAAAUUUAACAAUAGUUGACGUUUUGCCAGAUAAACAUGAUACACUGUCAAAAUUAAAAAAUGCAGAUAUAGUGGUAAUUGAUUGUGAUUUGUUUUUACCAUAUACAGAUAAGUUACCAUCUUUGAGAUGGGCACAAACAACAUGGGCUGGUGUUGAAUCAUUAGUUUCAAGUCUGCGAGAUAAAAAAAUAAAUUAUACCAUUACACGGUUUUCAGACAAAGCCUUUGGUUUAGCUAUGUCUGAAUAUGUGAUAGCACAUAUUUUUAAUUUUGAACGUGCUCAAAGGCAGCAAUAUGAUAAUCAAAAAAAUAACCAAUGGCUAACUGAUGGAAAAAUUUCUAAUCACAGAUUAAUUUGUGAUUUAUCUGUAGGUAUUUUAGGCUUAGGAAAUAUUGGAAAGUCAAUUGCACAAAAAUUGAAAACAUUUGGGGCAUCUGUAUGGGGAAUGACAAGAACACCACUAAAAGAGAAGUUAGAUUAUCUUGAUGAACACAGAACCACAGAAUGUUUGCCCGAAAUGCUAACAAACUGUGAUUACAUUAUUAAUGUUUUACCAUCCUCAAAAAAUACUGUAGGUUUAUUAAAUGGGAAUGUAUUACAAAAUUGUACAAACCGUGGCAGCAUUCUUAUCAAUAUCGGUCGAGGUACAAUUAUUAAAGAAGCAGACUUAUUGAAUGCUCUUAAGCAACAGUGGAUUUUGGGAGCAGUUUUGGAUGUUUUUGAAGAAGAGCCAUUACCAAAAGAAAGUAAAUUGUGGAAAUUACCACAGGUCACCAUCUCACCACAUAUCUCAGGUAUAACUCGUGCCCAAGAUGUUGUACAGUUUUUCAAUGAAAAUUAUCAAAAGUUUGUUAAAGGUGAAAAAUUACUAAACACAGUAAAUGUAGAAGAAGGUUAUUGA